CGGCUCUUCCACAACUCUGACUGCUCUACAACGACUGUAAAACAACUUCAAAGCCCACCACCUCUUCAAUUGCCCGUACGCUAGUGAAACAGUGCCAAGUACGGCUUAGAACCGCGUCACGGACAUCUGCCACCCGGCAACCCCUUUGCUGCUCGGGCCUCCGAGUGAUCACGUCAUAGCACCACUACAAUAUCUUUUUUUCUCGCGCGAGUAGCCCUUACGAACAAGAUGUCCGUUUUCAAGUCUGGGUCCAGAGCACUUAUCACUGGCGGAGCUUCGGGGAUUGGUCUAGCCGUUGCGCAAUUGUGCCUGAAGCACGGAAUGCGCGUUUCGGUCGUUGACUUCAACAAAGAGACGCUUGAACUAGCGAAGAGCAGCCUGAAGGGAGAUGUGCAAUGCCUGCAAGCGGACGUGGGCCAAGAGCAGGAGUGGAAGGGCAUCAAAGAGAAGGUUGGGGACGUCGACUUCCUGAUGCUAAACGCGGGAAUCGGCGCAAAAGGCACGUGGGGAGACUCUGAGUAUUUCCAGAAGAUACUCUCCACCAACCUCUUCGGCGUGGUCAACGGCCUGAACACCUACGUUCCCUCCUUCCAAACCCGCAGCAAAGCCUCCUCUGCCGCGAUCGUCAUCACAGGCAGCAAGCAAGGCAUCACAAACCCACCGGGCAACCCGGCGUAUAACGCCAGCAAGGCUGCGGUCAAGACCCUCGCCGAGCACCUGAGCUGGGACCUGAGGGAGGACAAGGGCGUCAGCGUGCAUCUGCUCGUGCCGGGGUGGACAUUUACGGGGCUGUCUGGCAAUGUUCCCGGCGCCUCCGCGGAGAAGCCGGCGGGCGCAUGGUCCCCCGAGCAGGUAGCCGCGUACAUGGAACAAAAGAUAGCCGACGAGAAGUUUUACAUCAUCUGCCCGGACAACGAUGUUAGCGAGGAGACAGAUAAGAAGCGCAUGCUGUGGACUGUCGGGGAUAUCGUGAACGAGCGGCCGCCGCUGACGAGAUGGAGGGCGGAAUUCAAAGAGGAGGCGGAGGAAUGGAUGGCGAAGCAGAAAGUUUGAGCGUGAGGGGCAGGAUGUUCUCUCGUGCCAGCAUGAGAAAUGGAACUAAAGCAAGCCAUGAUUGACCCCUUGAUAGUUGAGCCCACCUAGCCCUAGCUACUACAUGUCUAGAGAUUUAGACUUAGGCGAUAUCUCUGGUGAUCACGUUUACGUGAGCGGGUGUUGUAUGUUAUAGUAUUUAUUGUUGCUUUAUGUUUAAGAAGGGUAUAUAUGGGGUAUGGCGACUGGAAGAACAGGAAGUGGUAUACGCAGAGUAAGCGACUCCAAUCAAUCGCAUCUACGCCUUC